CCCAGCUGGCAGACUGAAACUUUCUUAUAUACAGCCAACAUAAAGAUGAAUAGAAUUUGCUAAACAAGGACAUACUGAGAUCAAGAAGGGAACGAAGGAAAGGCCAAAGUAUAAAUGCCUGACUGAAAGAACAGAGGGGCUAAUGGAUUCCUCGGACUUCUCCUUUCUGUCUUCCCUGAGAGGAGAAUUUAAAACUGAUGAAUACAUCCAGCCCCACUAUAAGGAGGCAUAUAGGUUGGCAAUUGAUCGGCUGUUGAGUGGUGGUCGGGACAAUUACCAGGAGUUUCUCAAGGGUGAACGCGUGGGGAAUUUCCUUUCAGAAGAGGAGCUUGCUUUUAUAACCACGAAUGCAGAACUUCCCAAAACCCCAGCCCAACCUGAAGAAGUUAAUAUUCAAAACCACGAUGACACUGGAUCAUCGUCAGGGACUUACUGGCCUAUGCAUUCGGAUGUGGACACGCCAGAUCUGGAUUUGGGAUGGCCUGACGUCAGACACGAAAAACUUCAAACAAAUGUUGACCUGCUUUAUCACCCACCACGGCAGAACAAUCCCACUAUCAAAGAGGUGGUCCGGAAACACAUUCAAAAUGCCAGGCAGGUCAUUGCUAUUGCCAUGGAUAAGUUCACAGAUGUGGAUAUUUUUAAAGAAAUUGUGGAGGCUUCAUUACGAGGAGUGGCUGUCUAUGUGCUCUUGGAUCAUUUCAAUUUGAAGAGUUUCCUCUUCAUGGUUGAAAAUCAAGAUGUGAGGAUCCAACAGCUGAGGAAUAUGAGGGUGCGCACAGUUAAAGGUCAGGAUUACCUCUGUCAGUCAGGAGCAAAAUUUCAUGGUGCAAUGGAGCAGAGGUUUCUCUUAUUCGACUGCUGUACAGCUGUGUAUGGCUCCUACAGUUUCUCUUGGUCCUUCGAGAAGAUCAAUCUGAGCAUGGUCCAAGUCAUUACGGGACAUCUGGUGAAAUCUUAUGAUGAGGAAUUUCGGACACUUUACGCAAGGUCAACAGUUCCAGCUCAGCUUGCCCCUUUAACUUCUCACAAUGGACUACAAGGCAGACCUAUUCUAUUUAAAUCUGUUUCUAAUCCUGCUCCUAAACUGGAGAGAGGUGGACAGUUACGCCACACAAUGGAGGGAGUGUACAGAAAGAAGAGUCUUGGCUUGAUGGAUCCACAAGAAGGUUGCUUUGAGGAAGAACCACUUGGACCUAUAAUAGAGAAUGGAAUUAACUUGCAUAGGUCCGCUGAAAACUAUAAAAAACGCCACAGCUACGCAGGUGAAAAACAAGACACGUACAUCCCUCCAAACGUACACCCCAGAGGAAGCAACUGGAAUGUUUCUGGGGAUUCUGGUAAAAAUUCUGCAUUAGACAAUUUCCUGCCAGUUGCACAGAUAAGAGGUCAACCCAAAAGGCAGGCAUACAACAGUAAAGAUAAAUUGAUCCCCAUGCAGCCAAUAAUGCCAAACCAGGAGACGACCAAGGCCUUCAUGCGCACAUGGAGGAUCGAAUCUUAUCUUAAUAACACAGACACUCCCCUCCGAGAGUCCUGUGAUUACUUAGACCAACUUGACUCAACGGGUAAAGUCAACAUGUUUAUGCAGGGAAGAAUGAGGACUUCACUUGUCUUGAGGUCAACUAUCCCAGAACAAGGGGAGCUGGACAAUUCUUCAUUUGGUCUUGGACGGUUAUCACCGAACACAGCAAUGCACUAUUCUUCUAUGCAGUUCAGUCCAACAGCAACUGACAGGAUCGGUAAGGAGGAAUUUUCCUUUAAACAACAAAGCCUUCAGUUGUUAGAUGACAAUGAGAAAUUUACUCCCACCCGAAGCCCUUUCAACCCAAAUUAUGCAUCCCUCGGUAGACCGAAAGCAGGUCACAUAUUAACCAAUCCUGACUUAUUCACAGAAAGCUGGAACAAAAGGCACAGUGUGGCUGACCCCCGAUCCAACAGUAAUUACAUACACGAGGAGCAGUUGUAUGGGCCUUUUGCCAGAAUGCAGGUGAAUAGAAGCUCAAUGGGGAUUAAUGUACCCAACGGAGGGUACUUGUCAGCUCUGAAUGAGGAUCAGAGAUCAGUCUCUCAUUAUGAUGUCAAAAGAAUAACUGGCCCCAAUAGUCCAAGCAGUCCCAUGUGGCAGGAGACACCAUCGCGAGCGUUGUCUGCUGCAGUUCUUGAUGUUAACACAGAGGAUCUGAACGACAAAGGCAGCACUUCGAGCAAACAGCGGUUCUUUAAGAAGAGCUCCAAAAAGAUAAAAUCCUUUCUGAACAUACAAGACAAGAAAGAUGAUGAAUGUGGGACUCUGGGGAGAGAUAGUGUCAAAUCAGAAGAAAGCACAAACACCGUAACACUGGAGGAUGAAAUGAGAAUCGCUCAAGGAAGAAACCAACGUUGCCACAGCACAAAGAGCACAGGCAGGACAAGCUCCGAGCGCCACAGAAAUCAACGAAUCGAGGAUCCGCUUGCAACUUCAAAGCCACGAUUUACCACAGAGGAGCACCGCUACGUUCCUCACUCUAAUGUCAAAUAUGACUCUCAGAGACAGAUGCAUUCUCCUGACAGGAGCUCAAAGCUUAGCUACGAGACAGGCGGCUUGAGGAGGGAUUACAGUGUUGAGCAGAAAAUGUACAGUAGAUAUGAACCCUCCUAUGUGAAAAUCGAGCCGGUGCGUUCUACUUCUGGAUAUGGGAGUCGACCAGUUCAGGAGAAAAACCUAUCAAAAGUUGACACGUCCACAGAACAUCACCAUACUGCACAUGGAAACCAGGAAAAUAAGAUCGGCAAAUUUUUGCAACGAAUGGGGAACCUUAUAAACAAGCACAAAUGAAUGUCAUUGUAAAGUGGUAAAAGGUAUUUCUCUUUUAUUUUUCAAGACUCUUUUUAUAUGAUGUUUGUCCCUGUUUACAUGUGGAGUUGCCUCGACUGUGGUAUUUUUGCACUGAUGUAAAUAUUGUCUUUUAUAUGGUGUAUAAGUCUUUCAUAGGGAUGUGGAGGACUGUAUGUGUUAAGUUUGUUUAUGUUUUAUUGGUGCUUCUUAAAGUUAUGCUGCUUGUAAAUAUGUUGAAGUGUAAUAUGAGCAAAUUUUUAUAGAAAACUUAUGGGUAGAGCUACCUGAACCAGCCCUUAAAACAGAACUGCAUUUAUCAUCAUUUUUUAAAGCCUUGGUAAGUGAUAGUUACUGUUUUGCACCUUUGGCAUGUAUGUGCACUUUCUCGGCCUGCAGUAGGAUAAACAGUUUUCAUAUAUUAUAAACAGUCUACAACUAUAUUUUUUAACUUGGCUAUCAGCCGACCUCUGGGUAUUUUGCCUUAAGAUGUGCACACAUUUUCAGAUGCAUUACAUGUGCCUGACGUGAUCCACUCAGGGAUGACUCAAGGAUUUGUGAGAACACUCUUCCCCUUGCUUACUGAUAAGCUAUAUCCUUGUUAUAGCUUGAAUUUUAAUCAGACCAGUGUAAGUAGAUGUUAAGAUGAGAAAUAAGUAUUUAUAUGUUUUUUGUGCCAAGAGUUGUAUGUGAAGUGGUUUAUUGUAACACUUAUCAGUUAUGCAUGAUGCACAUGUAAUAACAUAAAGAUGGUAUAUUAAAAGAGAUCUUUAUUUUUAAAUGUUUUAUAUGUGGCAAUAGUUUCUUGAAUGAAUUAAACACUUAAUUGAUUAAUUGGUAUUGUAGUAACGCUUGAUUAAUGAUCACACAACUACAAAGCUUAA